AUGCAAAUUGAACCGAAAAUCAACACGCGUGAUGUUUCGUCAACCAAUAGUGAUAUCGAAUCACUACCAAGUUUGGAAUAUAUGGGAAAUUAUUACUUGAAAGAUUACGAAUAUCUGAGUCCAAAAGUUUUGGAACGGGGCAAAGGUACGGGCAAUAUUGUCGCUUCAUUGGAACGGAACAAGACGGGGAAUUGCAAAUUGUUCGCGCGCCUGUGGCUAAGGGAGGUGAUGAAAGGGUUGAAACAAUUCUUAUACGAGGGAUCCCUUCACGGAGUUAAGUAUGUCUUUGAGCCGACGUUCAGCUUUAAGGAACGUAUGAUCUGGGUGGUUAUUAUUGUUAUCAGCAUCGCUAUCUGCGCCGUGAACAUCUUUCAGUUGUUCUCCAAAUGGCAUUCGACUCCGUUCGUCAACGUUAUCGACUCUCUUCCGACCCCAAUCUGGGCUGUGCCGUUCCCGAUGGUGGUUGUGUGUCCACAGUUACAUUUACAACGAUCUUACGUUAACGUCUCCAAGAUGGAUAAGUUAAGCUUGAAUCAUUUCUUCGCGUCUCUCGUGUGCCCACAAAUGUUACAUACAAAGCAGGCUCUACCGCAUCGUAUGACCCCGGAAGAUAACGUAUUGAUGCAGAAAUUUAUUAUAGAGGGUUCACCAAAAUGUACAGACGUUGUAAAAUCUUGUUACUGGCGACCAACAAAGGAGUUAGAGUGGUUGGAAAAAGAAUGCUGCGAAAAGAUGUUCAAGCCAAUAUUCACGGAUUAUGGUCUCUGUUUUGCAUUCAAUAGUCUACCUUUGAAUGCAAUGAACAACGACACCCUUUACUGGCAUAAGACUUUUGAUGAAAAUGUAACACAAAUACCUUUAAAUUGGAGCUUAGACGGUGGAUAUCCUAAGGUAUUCCCACCAGACCCCGCCAUGAUACCACUAAGGGUCAUGUCGUCUGGAGAAAUCCAUGGUCUAGGUGUAGAAUUGUACCUAAAUAGUAGUGAACAUCAAUACGAAUGCGAUGGUAACAACGUAGGCUACAAUGUGCUUAUAAGUUCUCCAACGGAUCACGUUUACGUUAGUACAGUACUUCGGUUACCAAUGAACAAAAUGACGACAAUCGAAGUAACACCGACUACUUACAAGACGGAUAAUGCUUUACGAGCUCUAGCUCCAUUUAUAAGGCAAUGCUUCUUCCAGGAUGAGAGGAAACUGAAUUACUAUGAUUUCUAUACAGAUAGAUUUUAUAUUUGGGAAACGAUUUGUACAACUAAAUCAGAUUUUCAAUGCAUCGAAGAAGUUAGAGCUAAAGUAGAAGAGCAAUUAACUUACGCGUAUUAUGAAGAUAGCCAAGAAGAUAGGAAGACGCAGUCUGAGGUAGCUUCUUGCCAUCCUGCUUGCAAUGAUAUUUUGUACUCCAGUCAAGUCUUCUAUUCAGAUCUUAUGAGCGUGCCGAGACUUUCGAAAGCAGACUUCAAAUUUAAAGAGUAA